AUGCCUGAAUAUAAAUCUAAAGUAUUUAUCAAUGCUCAGUUUGAUGUUGUUUGGCAAAAACUUUUGGAUAAAAUAGAACAUCCAGAAAAAUAUGUUCAAGGAAUUCGUCAUGUUGAAAUAUUAGAAAAUGAAAGUGAUCAUGUUUUAAGAAUUGUUCAAUUUGAAAAUGAUAAAUGGGAACAAUUAAAAGAAUUAAUUGUUCCUGAUAAAACAAGAGGAAUUAUUGUUUAUCGUUUAAUUGAUCAUCCUUAUUUUCAAGGUGAAACAAUUAAUAUUUGUCGAACAACAAGUCAACUUUUUCAAUCAGAAUUACAAUAUAUAAUUGAUUGGAAAUUAAAAGAUCAAAAUCUUACUGAAUCAAUUCAAGUUAAACAUUCUACAGAACAAGCUUUACAAUUAGCUCUUCAAGAAAUGAAGAAAAUUUCAGAACUAGCCGAAUCAAAUUAUGAAUAA